GGGGCCGCUAGCGCUUCUCGAAUGCCGGGCGAGCCGAAUGCCCGGCUCGUUGAAUACCAUCCUCGCAUUCCCAGGCUGGAUUACAAGUUGUCCUCAAGCUCCGGCCUCUGGCAAGCCUUACAUGUGAACGGAACGCUCGCCCCGAUAUUCUCUGUCUUCCCGAACAGGAUCCUUGCCAUGCGCGUGCUCGCCUUCAUAAGCCUUCAUACUACUGUGCGCGACGAGCGAGUUCGAGUCGUGCAUUAUGCUCGUCGAGCUUGUUCUAAACCUUCCUGAGUCCUGUGAUGUGAUUAGUUCUCUCGAGAACUCGACAUUGCGUGUGCGGUAGGUCCAUACUGACGAGUUCCGGGGUCACCAUCAAGCAGCCGGGUAUCUGGUAUCGUAUCUGGUAGUUUGGCAGCCUUCUAGAAUCACCUUUCUCAGACCCAUCAGACCCAUCGAGGCUACCUACUGCCCGACUUGCGGUGUGAACUGCCUGGGCCAGGUUGGUUAGUCACCCAGGCUGAUCUUCAAUAUAGAGACCACAGGUGCUCAGAAAUAAUUUUUUGCAACGUGUGAAUACAUCGGGCGAAGGCUCUGCAGCUUCGGCGCCUUCCACAAUGGACCUCGAAUGUCUAAGCUCGGAUUUCAAAUCGUCAUCAGAACAGUGGUUGAAGUGAACACUCUGACUUCCGCUUUGCUUCGCAGAAGGAGAAGGAACUUUUACUCAUUGCUUCUAUGUUUAGCAUGUCCAGCAGGUCCUCGAUUUCUAAUUUCAAUUUAAUUCAGUCAUUCAUGGUAUGAGAGACUACAGUGUAUGCAAUCUACUGUGCCUGCCCGGAAACUAUUUUGCAAAAGAACAUCAAAUCAUAUUAUGUAUUCUCUGUCGCCUCAUUCUCA